AUGAAAGCUAAGCUCGCCGUGGCAUGGCUGCUUAGUUUGGGGAAACGUCUCUUUGCCACUCCAGCAUAUUCACUGCCUCAGUACCCUGCACACUGGGCCCUGCCGUCUCAGACGUCGGACGGUACGGCAACCUGUGAGAGGCGAUCAAAUCUCAGAGGAGGUUCCGUUGCCAAAUGUGUUGAGCGUGCCUCGAAGCCGCGCACGACAAACUUGGGUCGAAUUUCGAAGACCACCAAGGAAUUGUUGGAAAGAAGAAGGACUUUGAGGCUUGAUAUAAAUGCAUCGCACAUUGAGCGGCAGAAGAAGAUCCUGGAAGCAGCACAAAGAAGAUCGAGUCUAAAGAACUGCCGCAGGGAUCUUCGCGAAUAUAAUAUUCCGCUAGCAGCCCUGCCGAGCGCAGACGGGACUCGCACGUCUUCUCAUCGUGAAGUGGAAAUCAUUACGGAGAGGUCCUACUCGAACCUUUUCCGCUCAUCAACUCCUGUGUCAAGUCCGAUCAUCCCCGCUGGUGAAGCUCCACCACGGAUUCUCCCCUCGGAAGUACGAGUCGCUACCAAGAGCAUGAAACCUGGCACAGCCCUCGGACCUGAUUUUAUAUCAGCUGACUUUCUUCGGGCUGGUGGCCAUCCGCUUCAUGUAAUCUUAGCAGCGCACAUGACAUUCUUUUCAGACUUCAGAGAGAAAGGAUCCCAGACCAGUGGAAGACCUCGCGAACCGUUCUUAUCCACAAGAAAGGUGACCGAGAGGACCUUCGGAAUUACCGUUCGAUAUGCUUGCUGA